UGGCGGGAAGACGGAGGGUGCGGCUGGGCGCGUGUGCCCAAGUCCGAGGGCACCGAGGUGGAGAGAGGGUCCGGAGGGGACGCCCGCCGAGCCCGGGAGCGGGAGCGCGCGGCCGAUCCAGGAAGUUCGGGCUGCGACCUCAGGGGCAGGAGCGAGUCGGAGCGAAACCUCAAAAAUGCGCGGCGCCGGCCGGCCGGCGGGCGGGGAAGACAGAGGGCGCCUCUGCCGGCGCAGGUAGGCUGGGCGCCCGCGACCCUGCGCCCCGCCGGCCCGAGGGGACCGCCGGACCUGCCCCCGGGCCCAGCCGACCCAGGUCCCCGCGACGGCAGCACCGCGGACCCGGGACGCGCCGCCGGGAGCCUUCCCGUCGGUCGGGACAGAGAGGUGCUCUCCGUGGCGUGCCCGCACCCUCAGCCCGAGGGGGAUCAGUCACCAGUGGGCGAGGCUGUGUCCCCGCGAGGCCAGGACCGGUGACGAGCUGCGCACCAUGGAGAAGCUCGGCUCCUUCUUCCGUGACAUCUGGGACACCAUCCUGACCAAGCACCAGGAGGGCCUCUUCAACAGCGUCUGCCUGGGCGUGGUGCUGGCGCUGCCGCUGCUGGUGCUCCUCGCCCUGGUCUUCGUCUGCUGCUACUGCUGCUGGAGCCGGCCGGGCAGGGGCCGGCAGCCGGAGCGCGGCCAGGGGAAGAAGAGGAGGAGGAGGAAGGGCGAGGAAGACCUCUGGAUCUCCGCCCAGCCCAAGCUCCUGCAGAUGGAGAAGAGGCCAUCGCUGCCGGUCUAGCCCGGCGGGCAGCAGAGGGUCCGCCUUCCGACGACGCACGGGGACUGGAGCGUCACACGCGUGUCCACAGAGGAACUUCUCAGCCAAGGAGCAAACCUCAGACUGAGUGUCCCCAGGGAGGGCACCCCCAGGGAGCCUGGGACAAAGCGUGGGCACUGGCUGGGCAGCUAUGUGUCCAAUAGCGACGCUCUUGGCUCCAGAUGCAGGCGUGCCGUCCGCCGACUUCCGGCACAGUCCAUACGCAAAAGCACAAGGAACACGUAUCCAUGACCAUCUGGGCUCACCAUGCACACCGCACACACGCAGCACAGUAUCUGCUCUUGCAAAAACAUCUCGUAGGAGGGCCUGGCCAGAUUCGGGCGCAUGUGCACAAUUACACGGCCGGGCAAGGUUAUGAAUUCCAUACCCAUUCCAUAUGCUACUCAGGUUACAGAUGUGCGCUGUCCUACUCCGAUCCCUGCAAACCCUUUUGCUGGAAAUCCUCAUCUUUGGACUUUUCAGCACCCGGUACAGUGCCCUUCGCUGUGUGUCGAUGCAGACCCUCCAGUUCCCGUGCUCCUGACCCCGCACCGAGGAGGGCAAGUGUAAAGUGCAAUGGAUCCGAACUCAUCGGAAGCUAUGGUCUCGCAAGGUCCUCAUUACCCCCGGUCGGUGUUGAAUGUGGUCCAAGACCCCGCGCUGAGACGCGCCGCGCAGAGGCCCUCAGGACGGCUCCUCCACACAGGACCGAGCUCUGGGCGUGGCUCCUGGAGAGCGAUGGGGACCAGGUAACAGGCUGCUGCGCCCACUCCCCUGGGGGCACCGUGUCCUGUGCAUCGCAGAGGUGGGAGGAGAUGCCCCACCUGAGCUGGGCAUCCCCCGGAGCCAGAGGCUUUCAGAGGAAGGAAGACAUCGCCAGCACGGCCUCGCAGAAGGCUCACUGGAAGCAGCGGGCGGCGUGCUGCAGGGGGAGGCGGAAGAUUCGGACUUGAAGUGAAAGCUGGAUGAAGCUAGAUAGAGGUUUAUUCAUAUUUAUCUUGAGGCUCAGGCAGUGCCUUGCGCACAGUGGGUACUCAUAACUGUCUCUGACGCUGCUGGGUUUGUGAUGAUGUCAGGGUAAGCUGUACUGCCUCGCCAGUUCCCCCAAGUGGCCUUCUGAGCGAGCCCGCUGGCGGCGAGGGUGGAGGUGGGUGCUGAAUUCUGCAGAACCAGGGGGUGGGUUGGCUGGUGGGCCCCGAGGUCCGUGAGGACGUGUAAACCAGGUCCACGAUGAGCUGAGGGCGCGCCUCCCCACCAGGCUGAAGCUGGGGGGCCGAGGUAGUCCACUUGUCUGAUGAGCUGGUUGGAGUUUGGGUUGGAUUGUGCCCAUGCUGCAAUGGUGGGUAAUUCCUGGGAGCAGGCUGAGCUGUCCAAACUCAUGUGCACCCCUCGGAGGCUGUUCCAAAUGGUGUGCAAUUGCCAUUUAAUUAACAAUGUAGCUAAACUAUGGUACUUACGGUAGCAGACACGAAACCCUGUGAGAUUGUGCUAAGGGGAAAAUGCGCCCCAUCUACUCACGUGGGCCACCGGGUUCUCACCUGCCCCCAGGUGUGCUCCAGGCCUGUGCAGAGCGGACGCUGGGUGGUGCCUGCUGACCAGGUCUCCGCACAGUGACCCGGGACGCGGAGUUCAGUUGCGUACACUGUGGAACCCGCAAUGGUCACCCCCUCCCCCUACGAGGCCCAGGUCUCCCAGGCACUCAGGCUCUGGCUCCUACACCCCCGUGACCAGAGAAGCUACACCCUCUGAUUCCCUGCCCCCGUGUCACAGGGAGAGCGUGUCACAGAGCGGCCGACUGUCCCCGGGGCAUCACAGCACGGCUAGUCACCUCACGUCUCCCGCUGCCCAGGACGAGGGCCCUUCCCGUCUGCGCCUCGCAGUCCCCGGAAUGGAUGAGUUGGGCAGACGUGGGGGCUGGCGGCUGAGGCUGGUGUUAGAUAUGAUCCAAGAAAGCAGAUCACCGGGAACAUGGUUGCCGUGGCAACUGGCUGCUCGUUUGAAUUAAGAGAGCAGUGUUUGUCACCUCCACGACAGGCCUCCAUCUCCAGGUGCAGGCCCUGCUGUCCCCUAGUCUACUGCACCUGCUCCAGCCCCGGCCACCAAACACCAGCGCGCACAUCUCAGCUGCUUCCAUAGACUCGGACCCAGGACACCCAAGCCCUGAGCGAGGCCCCUCUUUUCCCCACCCAGCCUCCCCCGGGGCCCUCCCCGGGGUACCUAGAACAGUGCCCGGGCCAGGAGAGGCCUCACAUGCCUGUCGAGUAAAGGGGAAUGCAAGGAGCCCAAGCAUCAUUCCUCUCCCUCUCCCUCUCCCUUUCCCUCUCCCUCUCCCUCUCUGUUUUCUUCUCCAUCCCCUCUUGCCCUGGCUCCAUCCCUUCCUUCAUCUCCAUUUUCACUCCUUUCCUUCCCAGCCGCUGUCCCAGACCUGCCUCUGGCAACGAGGGUGCCUCAGAGGGGAGCCUCCUGGCCCAUCUGGGGGGUUAAGCUAAUGAAGGACAACGAGGGUAGUAAGGAAGGGGCUCCCCCCCAGCACAGGCCUGGGGAGCCCCUAGGAUGUGUACCCAGCUCCAGCCAGCCACGGCCCUGUCAGAGCAGGCCUUCCCCCGCCGCUGCUGCUCCCGGGAUUCGCUCUCCUGUUUCUUGGGGGGAGGGAGGGUAUGGAGAAGGGGUCGUCACCCUUUCAGGAAGGAUGUAAGUGGUCCAGAUUGUACGGUAUUCGUCAGUAUUUUUAUUUUCUGAAAAAAUUCAAACACGUCAACAGAAAAACUGAUUUAAAUAAAAUACUUAAAAAAUAAAAGCCCCGCCUGGGCUCCUUCCUUGCUGGAGCCAGACG